CAUGCGUUUUACCUUUCGUACCUGCGGAUGGCAGUAAUGGGCCCUCUUACUGAACUAACUUGUAGCCAAUAGAAGAAGAGACACAGGCGUGCGGGGGGCGGAAGACGUUUUGAGUGGACAGAGGUCAUUUACUUUAUUUCAGCGCUUCAGCAAAAUCGUAUUUUUGUCACCACUGGUGGACUGUGAUGUCAAGAGCAUCCCGACACAAACUGACGUAAUUGAAACUGCGGUGAAGGUCGUGGUUGACAUUUGUACUGUCCUUGCAUAUGAUAACUGUCUUCGAGGAUGUGGAGGUCACGCCAUGGUCUUGACUUGACUGAUAGACUGUUACAUCGCUUCUGCUCCAGCAAACAGUCAGAAGCUUCAACUUCAUCAAAAUUAAAACAUCAAGCAGCGAAACAAAGACGGAGGAGAGAGAAGGAGAAAUCCAUUUUACAGCGCAGCGCAUCUGAAAAGACACUGAAAUGGAGUGAGAGAGAAAGCAUCUUGUAUACAGCUGGAACACCCCUUGGGACGAAAAAAGCCUCUAUUCUUGAUACAGAUACCAGUUUACCGCUGCCACCUUCGUACAGUCCGGAGUAUGUGGAGUCCAGUUGGUACCAGUGGUGGGAGAAGGAGCAGUUCUUCAACCCGGACCAGCAUGAGAAGUCCCCCUAUGCUGUUGAUCAAACGUUCUCUCUGUGCAUCCCUCCUCCUAAUGUGACGGGAACCCUGCACCUGGGUCAUGCUCUCACCGUGGCUGUGGAAGAUGCUCUGGUGCGAUGGAGGCGGAUGCAGGGACACAGAGUCUUGUGGCUUCCUGGUUGUGAUCAUGCAGGUAUUGCAACACAGACUAUCGUGGAGAGGAGGCUUAGACAACAGCAGGGCAAGUGCAGGCGCGACUUCACCAGGGAAGAAUUCUUAAAGGAGGUGUGGAAAUGGAAGAAAGAGAAGGGAGCUGAGAUCUACAUGCAGCUGAGGAAGCUUGGAGCUUCUCUUGACUGGAGCCGAGCCUGUUUCACCAUGGAUCCUGCGUACAGCAGGGCUGUGACGGAAGCCUUUGUACGUCUAUGUGAUGCUGGACUCAUCUAUCGCUCAGAGAGUCUGGUCAACUGGAGCUGUGCGCUGGAGUCAGCUAUCUCUGAUAUUGAGGUGGACUACAAAGAGCUAUCAGUCCCCACAAUGCUCAAUGUUCCUGGGUAUGAAGACAAAGUGGAGUUUGGGACCAUGAUCACCUUCGCUUACCCUCUUGAAGAUCAUAGUGGAGAGGUGUCAGUUUCUACCACUCGUCCUGAGACCAUGAUAGGGGACGUGGCUGUCGCUGUACAUCCUGAUGAUUCUCGUUACAAGGACAUUCAUGGCCUGAUGUGCAGACACCCCUUCACCGGCAGAUUAUUGCCAAUCAUCACAGACACAACGGUGGACAUGCAACUUGGAACAGGUGCAGUGAAGCUGACUCCUGCUCAUGACCACACUGACUUCCAGCUGUCACAGAGUCAUAAACUGCCCCGAUUCACUGUGAUUGGAGGAGAUGGGAGAAUGACACCGGACUGCGGACACUGGCUGGAGGGUGUGAAGCGGUUUGAUGCAAGGCGUAUGAUUGUGGAUGCACUUGUGGAGAAAAAUCUGUUCAGAGGGCAGAAGGAUCAUACAAUGAGCUUACCUAUCUGCAGUCGCUCAGGGGACAUUGUGGAGCCUCUUCUGAAAAGACAGUGGUUUGUAUGCAGUAAGGAAAUGGCUCAAAAAUCUAUCCAGGCUGUCGAGGAGGGUCAGCUGGAAAUCAUCCCUCACUUUUAUACCAAGACCUGGAGGAAUUGGUUGUCCAACAUCAAUGAUUGGUGCAUAUCAAGGCAGCUCUGGUGGGGACAUCAGAUACCUGCAUACACAGUACAUCUAGCUAAUAGUCCGGGACAAAAAGAGGAGCAGUGGGUUUGGGGAAGGAGUGAGGAUGAGGCCCGACACAGAGCCUCUGUCAAAUAUGGGGUGACGCAGGAUGAGGUCAUCCUUACCCAAGACCCAGAUGUUCUGGACACCUGGUUCUCCUCUGCGCUUUUUCCCUUUGCAAUGCUGGGCUGGCCUCAACAGACUCCAGACCUUCAGCACUUCUAUCCAAACUCUCUCCUGGAGACAGGUAGUGACCUCAUUUUCUUCUGGGUGGCAAGAAUGGUCAUGCUGGGCACAGAGCUGACUGGCCAACUGCCUUUUAAGCAGGUUCUGCUUCAUUCUCUGGUGAGGGAUAAGCAUGGCAGGAAAAUGAGUAAAUCUCUGGGAAACGUCAUUGACCCAUUAGAUGUCAUCCACGGAGUCUCUCUGGAGAGACUAGAGCAAAAGGUUAAGCAGGGAAACCUGGACCCCCGAGAACAGAUGGUUGCCAUGGAAGCUCAGAGGAAAGACUUCCCCACUGGGAUCCCGCAGUGUGGUGCAGAUGCUCUAAGAUUUGCCCUUUGCUCUCACAAGAUGCAGGGAGAGGAUAUCAGUCUGUCCAUUUCUCAAGUGCUGAGCUGCAGGCACUUCUGUAACAAAAUGUGGCAGACGGUCCGGUUCACACUGCAAGCACUAGGCAACAAUCAAGUACCAGCUGGGACUCUAGAGGAGCUGUCUCCUGCGAGCGCGAUGGAUCGCUGGAUCUGCUCCCGCCUUUACAGCACUGUGGCGCAGUGCGAGCACAGUUUUGAGAAGUAUGAGCUGCACUUGGUCACAUCUGCUCUUCACUCAUUCUGGGUGAACAACUUGUGUGACAUCUACUUGGAGUGUGUGAAACCAGUGCUCAGUGUUGGAAAAGAUACUGAGCCACGGAGAGCAGCCGGCUCAGUUCUCUACCACUGUGUGUCUGCUUCCCUGGCCCUGCUCUCCCCCUUCAUGCCCUUCCUCACUGAAGAGUUGUGGCAGAGACUCCAGAUGCUCAGAAAUGGAGCGAUGACUGACACCAGCCUGUGUGUGCAGCCAUACCCCCGCGCCGCUCAGCUGGCACACUGCCACUCCCCUGCGGUGGAACAGGAUUUCCAGUUGGUGCAGGAGGUGGUCAGAGUGGCUCGGUCACUCAGAGCCCAGUGUGGACUGACAAAAGAAAGACCUGCAUUGUGGGUUGUGUGUUCACCCACGCAAGCAAGCAUUGUUAAGACCUAUGCCUCUGCUGUUGGGACUUUGAGCCGAAGCUCUGACCUCCACAUCUACUGUCCUGAGGGAGGGGAGGACUUUGUGUCACCACCUCCACCCAGUGGUAGCCUUAUGGAAUUGGUCGACCACACUUGUCAAGUACACCUGCAUGCACAGACCAGUGUGGACUCUGAGAACCAGAUUAUCCGACUUGCCCAUCGCAGAGAGAAGCUGCUGUCCAAGAUGCAGGACAUCAUGCCUCAAAUUGAGUCUUCAGACUACCUGACCAAGGUCCCUGCUCACAUCAGGCAGCAGAUGGAAAGAAAGUUGUCAGGUCUACAGCAGGAAGUGAAGAACAUCAACGAGCAGCUGAGGACUCUGGAACAAACACAAACAUAGAAGCUGCUCAACUGAACGUCCUUGAAGAACACCAACCAAAAGACUGUGGGAAAGCAUCUGAAUCCAUUUACUGACUGGUGUCUCAGCAGUACAACAGGGAUGAACUCUCUAGCGUUUGUCCAAGCAAAGUUGAGAUUCCAGUGUUAUCUCUCCUGAAACAUGCUUUGGCCGCACAGGAAGCCUUGACCUCUGGCAAGACCAUCUGCUUCCUUUUUUAAACAACUCUAAUUUGGUGCAAAACGUAUUCCAACAUGUUGUUUGCCGAUGCUUGAAACAGGAUUUGCAGGUCCUGCCAGUUUUGUUGUAGGUUGGAUCAUCAUUAAAUGAUGGAAAUUACUUAAAUCUUAUGAACUACAAUCUCAAUCCAAUCUCUGCACAUAGCAAAAUUACAGGAUAUGAGAUAUGUGGUGACAGAAGGAUCUUCUAAGUUUAUGUAAAUAUGUGUUGUGGUCAAAUUAACUAAAUUAUGAAUUACAUUAAUUUCUUCUUCACCAACAACAAGCCGAAUGUUCCUGGGAAGAAUAGAGCCAACAUGAUUAGACCAGGGUUCAGGCUCACACUGACAGGUCCAACAGAAUAAAAAAUGAAUCAAAACACAAUGUAAGUGAACUGCACUCCAACUUGAUCACCCAAGUGUAAACAAGAACAACCAGGUGGGGACACCAGCUCUUAUGUACUUACUAUUCUGAGGCUAUGUUAGACCUGUCUAACUGGUCUUGCCAAUAUAAUAAGAUGACCCUCCCUCAUUUCUGUAUCUGUUUUUUUUUUUUUUGCCUUAUGAUGAAAGCCUAUUGGAGGUUUUCAUUGCAGCUGUCUCCAGAAAAAAAAUUGAAAUCCAUGAAAAUCAAUGUCACUAGUGAUGUGUAACAAAGGACUUGGGUAAUCCCCUGUAACAUGUUUCACCUUGCAAUCUAUGUAUUA